CGCCGUCUUCGACGCGCGUCAUCCCGCCGGAUUCGAUCUUCUCGCGCGUCGCGAAGCGAGAGCCAAAUAUCGAUUGCGCGGAUUAGAAACCGAGAGUUGUUUCUCGUCUCGAUUACGUAAUCGAACGAUUUGAUUUUUCGUCGAAACAACGGUGCCUCCCUCAAAUAAAGAGAUCGUCGCGACGAAUCGAUAUAUUCCUCGCGUACACGCGAUUUUUUUUCUCUUUUCAACUCGAAAAAAAAAACAUUUCCGAUUUAGAAGAGCGCAAAUUCGUUUGCAAAUUUAAAUUGUUUGACGUUUAAAGAAAUCUGUUUAGUUCGCGUGUGUGUUUGAACCCCGCGAUGGCUUUUAAUAGACACGUGACGCAUUGCCAGAAGUGCGUUCUGUUAACGAGACAAUUUACGCAGGACAGCGCGGCUGGCAAAGACGGAUAUGUAACGAACGUUGCGAACAAGAUCUUGCGUUCCGCGAGCGAUUUGAAGAAAGUCGCUAUGUCGAUGCAAAAUCAGUGGAAACUUCUGUCGCAGUUGAGGGAUUAUCUGAACAAAAGUCACGACAAGAAUCAGCCGCUCAAUCUCUCCAAGGAGUGGCUUGACUCUCUUCAGAAACUGACGUACUCGCAGUUCGACGCGAUAAGAAAAUUGUCGUCGUCCGAAUCCAUUAAUUCCUCCGACCCAAGCAAGAAUUUGAACGCCCAGCAAAAGGACAAGAACAAGGCCGACGUUAGGCUGAUGACUCGUGAAACGGUUUUGGACAAUUCCGCUCUGCAACAGAAACCGCAACAGCAAAUUCCGAAACAAGAUGGAACGUCCGAUGUCAAGGUGGAACCGAAGGAGAACUUGACCGUGCCCCAGAUUCUCUCGGCGUUAUUUCUGAAGUUGUCGCCCAAGAUCACGCGGAGCACCACCGUGAUACCGAAGUGGAAAGUGCGCAGCAACAUUCCGAAGCACAGCAUCGCGUCUCGCACGCGUCACGUUUUGAACAGCAUCGUGUCGGCCGAGUCGAACGCUUCUAAGUGGCGUAGAAUCGAGGACUUGUUGGCGCACAUAGAUCAGUAUCCGGACGCCAGACACUACGCGAUCAAAGAGGGAGCGAUCACGAUCUUGCUGCAAGCUCGUCAGAAAACAAAGGACGAACAGAUCAGAGCGUCCAUCAGAGAGGCGCUCGCGGUAAUGGGUCACGUUGAUCCUCCGCCCGGACGGGGUAUCAGAAUUCUGUCGAUCGACGGCGGCGGCAUCCGCGGAGUUCUGGUUGUCGAGAUGUUGAAGAAAUUGGAAGAGCUCACGGGAAAGAAGACUCACGAAAUGUUCGAUUACAUAUGCGGCGUGAGCACAGGCGCCAUUCUGGCCGCUGUGUUGGUGUUGCCGAAGGAUGGUCUGCAAGGGGGACACAAAAGGAAGUCAUUGGAGGAAGUGUCGAGAUUGUACAAAGAACUGAGCAUCAGAGUGUUCACGCAAAGCGCCAUAAAGGGCACGAGCAGUUUGGUUUGGAGCCACGCGUACUACGACACCGCCUUGUGGGAACAAUUGUUGGCGGAACACUUGGGCGACAAAAUUCUUAUCAAAACUAUGCGCGAUCCAAAUGCGCCGAAGUUUUCAGCGGUAUCCGCCGUGGUGAAUCACGAGCGUGUCAUGCCCUACGUGUUCAGAAAUUACACUCUACCGCACAGAGUGGAGAGCCAGUACAUGGGAUGUCACAAACAAAAAUUGUGGGAAGCCGUGAGGGCGUCGGCCGCCGCGCCGAGUUACUUCGAGGAAUUCAAGUACGGCGAAUAUCUUCAUCAGGAUGGUGGUAUUCUGGUGAACAAUCCGUGCGCCGUGGCGAUUCACGAGGCCAGACAACUGUGGCCGAACAAUCCGAUUCAGUGUGUCGUGUCGUUCGGAACUGGUCGGAUUCCGCAUCACAUAUGCGAGAAAGAAUCUCGAAUCGAGAUCUCGAGUUGGAAGGAGAAAUUUUACAAGAUCUUGGACAGUGCCACUGACACAGAAGCUGUGCACACGAUGCUUAACGAUCUGCUGCCCGAUCACAUUUACUUCAGAUUCAAUCCGUAUUUGACGGAAAUGUUAUCUAUGGUGGAGAUCCGACCCGAGAAGAUCAGCCAGAUGGAGCAAGACGCGAGAAUGUACAUACGUCGAAACGAGGAGAAGUUCCAAAAGGCCGCCACGGUCUUGUUGGAGAAGCGAAAGAUUCAACAGAAAAUUGCGGAUUGGAUUACGUUGCAGAAACAAUUGAUGGGUCUGUGAAAAUUCACAUUCAUUCUGUCGCAUUUUGCAACAUAAUCCACAUUCGCAAGUUGAGAGGAAUAAUUAUUACGAUAAAAACAAAUUUUUCACCCAAGUCGAUUUAUAUCAAUUUUGCAAGUUUUUUUUAAGUUUCGAUAUACAGAGAGAAAUACAAAAAUGCAUAUCCCAUUUAAAAAUACGAUUACUCGAGCGGAGUACACAAUUAGUUUACAUGUGUAUAAUAGCGAAUAGAGUUUUUUUAAUUUUGUUUUUAUCUGUAUUUAUUUAAGUGAUAGAAUAGUUAUCUCGAAAAAAAAAAAAAUCACGACGAUAUUUUUUCUCGCGGACAACCGCUUUUAAAUUCAUAUGUGAAACUUAAACAUUGAACCACUAUUGGUAGAUACAUAGUUUGACUGUGAUAUAAAACUUUGUGAUGCAUGAAUUAUAUAUUCUUUGAGAUUACAAUGUACCAUAUAUUUUCAAUCAAAGCGAGAUUUUAGUCUCGCAUGAAAACAGAGUUAUUUCAAAAUGUAGAACCACUUAUAUGCGAGUUUCAAGAUGUGUAUUUUCUUCUGUGUCCUCUUGUUGUAUAUAAAAAUGUAUAGGUAUAUAUAGUUGAAAAACGUGUAUUACACUGUGUAAAAAAAAAAAACAAAAAUCUUCUAAUAAAAGCAAAUAAUAUAUUA